AGUGGACUCAGUUAAUCUUCCCUCUCUUUCACCAUUCCAAGGCCAAAACUCUGGUAUUAUCUCUUUCGUCUCUGUCGUCCUUCUUCUCUCUUUUCUCCUGUCCUGCUCAUACUCGUUCGUUCGGUAAGAACAGAACAGAGAAAGCUACGUUGUUAUUUAUACUCACAUCUAAAACAAACCCGGAGUGAAGCUUCAUCAACUUUUCAACCACGUAUACUUUCAGUGGAGUUUGCCACUCUGCUCAUGGCUCCUCUCUGUUGCUCCUCUUCUCCCAUUUUUGCCUUUUCAUUCUUCUCUUUCUUCGCUUCGGUCUUUCUGGUCUCGGGCCAGCGACAAUUGGUUCUCGACUCGGCCGAGCAAGACUCGCUCUACGAGGUUCUCCACUCCAUUAACCCAUCCAUUCCUUGGCGCUCCAUUUUCCCGGAUGACUUUUGCUCCUCCGCCCCGCACGGCGUCGUUUGCGACGACUUCUCCAACCAAUCCGACGCCGUUUCAUCCCAACCCGAUUCCGUUCACGUUACCGAGCUUAGCUUCGGGUACGUCUCGGACUACUCAGAUAACCCGCCUUGCUCCCCAAACUCCACCCUCAACCCACUCAUUUUUACCUCCUUCAAGUACCUACGCAAGAUCUUCUUCUAUAAAUGCUUCACCGAAACGCCUGCUUCGCUACCCAAUAUUCCAUCGGGUUUCGGUUCGAGUCUCGAGGAACUAGUGUUCAUCGAGAAUCCAGCUUUGAUUGGACCUGUCGAUCGUAUCAUCGGUAAUUUCACCAACUUAAGGAGGCUAGUUUUGUCCGGGACCGGGGUUUCUGGAAAUAUCCCAGAGAGUGUUGGUGAUUUGGUUAGUCUCCAAGAGAUUUCACUGUCAAGGAACAGGCUUAGUGGUGGGGUUCCCUUGAAUUUGACCAAGUUGGAAAAGCUAAGGAUUCUCGAUUUGAGCUACAACGGACUUGACAGAAAUGUCCCUGUAUCCAUAGGUAAUCUCACGGAGCUUCUGAAGCUUGACUUGAGCUUCAAUGGAUUUUCUGGGGAAAUCCCAGAUAGCUUGGGGAGAUUGCAGAGUUUGGAGUUUCUGGAUCUGAGCUUUAAUCGCUUCGGGAACUAUGGAGUGCCUCUGUUUUUGGCAGAUAUGCCUAGAUUGAGAGACGUGUAUUUGAGUGGAAAUUCCCUUGGUGGACAAAUCCCGAGAAUUUGGGAAAACCUUGGGGGCAUUUUGGGAAUUGGGUUUUCGAACAUGGGACUUGUUGGGAGUAUUCCGGCAUCGAUGGGAAUGCAUUUGAGAAAUCUCUGUUACCUGAGACUUGACAACAACAAGCUUGAAGGGCAAGUACCAGAGGAGCUUGGAUUGUUGAAAAAUGCCAAUGAAAUCAAUUUGGAGAACAACAAUCUGAGUGGGAGGAUACCGUUUUCAGCACAAUUCAGAACUAGAAUUGGGGAGAAAUUGAAGCUAAGCGGGAAUCCAGGCCUGUGUUUUGACGAGAAACAGAACUUUCCCAAAAAGGGUAACAGCAGACUAGAGCAAUUCAAACUCUGCAACAACACAGGAAUUAGAGGAUGAAUAAAGAAAACCUAUGGUUUUACUAACAGAGAAGAACAACAGGUAACACUUUGGAAUAGGAUUUUGAUUUUGGGUGUUCAGCUUACUUUUUUUUACUGGGUUAGGGGAAAAAAUGUAAAUUUAUGGUUUUUGCUAAAUGACAAUUGCAUACAUAGUUUCCCUUCUUAUC